GUGUGUAUAUGUAUGUGUUUGAUCCAUACAUUUGAACGGACAGUUAGUUUUUGAAGAAAAAAAAUGGUUUUCCGUAUAGUCUAUCGGGUUAUCUACGGCUUUAUGGCCAACGAAAUAUUUAAAGCAUUAUUUUGAUACCGUUGAUAUCGGUACGCGUACGGGAACAACAUAAGGACAAUGUUAUUGAGACCCUACGGCGGGCAAAGUUUCAAGUUUCCCGGCCGACAGAAGAUUGCCGUAUCGAAGAAGUGGGGUUUUACUAAGUGGUCGCAGGAGGACUAUCGCGAAAUGGUUGCCGACGGCCGACUACAACCCAACGGUAUUACCUGUCAGUACUUUCCCAAUAAGGGUCCGUUCGCUCGUUGGGUUAAGAUUCAGGAGAAGCCGCGUAACGAUGAUUAGAAAGAGAGUGAGAGAGAGAGAGAGAGAGAGAGAGAGAGAGAGACAGAGAGACAGAGAGACAGAGAGACAGAGAGACAGAGAGACAGAGAGACAGAGAGACAGAGAGUUAGAGGACAUCCCGAUCAGGACAUCGGAUCAAUUGGUGUUGAAUGUGUGAAGACUACUACCACUUCUUUAAUGACAAUUAAUAUGUUUC